CGCACCGGUCGUUGCCGGCUUCGAAUCGAAACGAAUUGAAUCGAAUCGCAUUAUGCUGGACCAACAAUUGGAGGAGAGCAACAACAAUGGGCCCGCCUGCGGGAACAACAAUGGCAGCAGCAAGGAUGUGAGGCUGCUGCUCCUGCCGGAGACCUCCUCCGACGGCAAUUCGGCGAAUCCCGUCUUAUCGCGAGCUCCUCUGCAGAAGAUUUUCAUUGAUGACCUGACAAAAGCCGGUGACGCGGGAAGGGGGCGAAGGCAGCUGCUCGUGUGGCGGGUGCCCUGGUUUAUAUUGCUGAUGUGCUUUAUGCAGGUAUCACUGCACUUGAUCGCCAAUGAGUGCAUGAAAAGAAGACUGAUCUACAAGCCAGAGUGGAGUGGGGAGUACUGGAGACUACUGACCUAUAUGCUGCUCCAUGCUGAUGUGUGGCACCUGACUCUAAAUAUAUGUCUUCAGUGCUUCAUCGGUGUCUGCCUGGAACUGGAGCAGGGUCACUGCCGCCUGGCCAUGGUCUAUAUAGCCGGCGGCGCUGCCGGCUCACUGUUCUCGGCCUGGUUGCAGCCACAUCUGCUGCUGGUGGGCGCCUCCGCCGGGGUCUACGCCAUGCUGGGGAGCCAUGUGCCGCACCUGGUUCUGAACUUUUCGCGGCUAUCGCACCGCUUCUCCCGCAUCGCCGCCCUGCUGAUUCUCUUCCUCAGCGACGUGGGCUUCACCACCUUCCAUUUUCGACACAAUCACAAUAGGAAUCCGCGAAUCAGUCUGGAGGCGCAUAUGGGCGGAGGAGUGGCCGGAUUGCUGUGCGGCUUCAUUGUGUACCGACGGAUACGGAUCCGGCAAACAAAUCAGCAAGCCAUGUAGUUGUGGUCUCAAAUAACUUAGUCUACGGGUUUCUUAUAAUAAGUAAAUUAUUGUUUAGUGUGCGACAACUAAAAUUAAGGUUAAACUAUAGGAAAAUAAUGAGUUUUAUAUUUUCUAGCUCUCAUUUUAAAAAUUUUGUAAAACUCACAUCGAGCUAAAGAAUUAUCUAUAUGGUUAAAAAAAGUCAAUUAAUUCAAAACAAAAAAAAAUAUAUACUAUAUAAAGCUUGAGAUCUCAUAGAUCAGCGAAAACCCUCCAUAUAAACACUUACUUAAAUUUCUAUUAAAAACAAAUUAUAUAUUUAUUAACGAAAUUUACCGAACUCACUUCCAAAAUAAAAUAGUAAUCUUUCAAUCGCAAAAUUCCAUAAGCUCUACUUACUUUUUAAUAUUCUGGUCUGAACAUUUCUUUCCUAAUUAAAUGAAUUGUCGUCAACCAAUAUUUCAUGCCAUAUAUAUUUUUUUGGCUGCCUCUAUUGUUUGGCCACAACAAAAAACCGUUGUAAACUUAUAUUUUGCAUAAAUUAUUAUGGCGCUAUGAAUAAACAUUUAUUUUUUACACCUCAUAAAAUGGAUGUGAGCGUGUUUUAUGUCUGAUUUUUAUGAGUUGUUUUCUGGCCAAGAAACUAAUUGACCGACACUUGUUAACAGAAUGACUUUUCAAUUGAAUUAAUUUAUUAUUACUCAUCAAUUGGUUUUGGCUAAUUGCUCGUCAGUUAGUAUUUGCCGGAGGUAGGAAUUUACGGUCCAAGGGAUGAGAGAUUUUGUAAAUAUUAUAUAAUUACUUUACGGUCUGCCAUCGAAACCAGAACGAUUCUAGGAAUGUUUGGCCACAAAUGGGAGUGUAUUUGAUUAUUUAUUUGCAGCAAUUAGUUAUUUGAAAAAUGUGCAACAAGGUUAAAAUUAAAUGAAUAUUUAUAGGCUUUCUAUCGAGAUUAAUUAUAUUUAUAGAUUUUAGUCAUAGUUUAUGGUCAUAUCAUUUAAAACUAUAUUAUUACCUUUUCUUAAAUAAUUCAUGAUCUACUAUCGUGGCAGGAAAAUAUCUUUAAAAUCGGUCACCUGAACAAUACAAUUAUAAAUAUUUUUUCGUUAAUCAUAAGUUAUUAACCUUCCUUAAAUAGCCCCCAAUAAAU